AUUAAGGUAGCUGGGCUUUUGCUAGGGUUUUAGGGGCGUUGCAAGAUUAUGGUUGCUGGCUACGACUGUCGAUCUGCUACAUCCCAUUUCUCCCCAAUCAAACAGGUCCACUACUCUCUACUCCCCUUCAUCUCCCUCUCCAUGGCCACAACACUCUACUGAUACUUUCCUAGCGAUUGGCUUCUUUGUACCUCUAGCUUAUUUGCCGGUUGUCUGGUUCAACUUCUUUUCGAAUGUAAAUGUCAUCUUUUGUGUACCCUUUAUGGGAAGCUAGCUAAAGCUCGAUAUUUUAUGCUUCAUCUAAUGCUUUCCUGCCGAAAGUUCAAUCCUUCAUUUAAUCAUCGUUGCGGAUUCCUCAAAUCCGCGCCUUUCUCCCGCGAUGUGAGGAUGAAACCUUCUUUAUCAUCAACAGCUCCGUCUUGUCCAAAAUCGUUUUCCGUUUCCUCUGCCUCUUCGGUUGUAUUGAUCGAGUCUAAUGAUUCCUCUCCAAGCGCUUCUCUUGCCUUCCACACUUCUCUUCUUGUCGCUCAGACCCUCGCAAAUCUGAGACGAAAUCCAGACGUCGCUCUUGCAAUUUUCAGAGGCUUUGAGAACCAUGGAUUUCGGCACGGCCUUUUCACUUGCUCCGUUAUUGUUCGCAUACUUUCCAAUUCAGGUCAGAGAAAGAAGCUUGUUUCUUUCUUCUCUGAAAUCAUUUUAACCAAGGGAAAUUUUAGUUUUGAGCUUCCAGCUCUCUUUUACGUUCUUUCUAAGGUCCCAUCUUGUUCUAACUCGUUGCUGCUAGUGUUCGAUUCACUAAUGAAAGCAUAUGCAUCUUGCCAGAGAGGCCAGGAUGCCAUGCAGUGCUUCCUCGAGCUGACUAGAGCUGGGUUCAUCCCAUCUCUUAAAACUAGCAAUUUUCUGUUGAAUUUUCUCGCUGAGAGCAGUGAUUUUGAGCUGGUGAUUGCUACUUAUCGCUGCAUGAUGAGUUAUGCGAUUCAACCAGAUGUUCAUACUUUUACAAUUUUGAUUAAGGCUUCAUUCCGCUGGGGUGAGUUGGAGAAGGUGAGUAAUUUCAUGGAGGAAAUGUCACAAGCUGGAGUUGCACCAGACCUGCUUGCUUAUACCACAUUUAUUGCUGGGUUGUGUGCAUGCGGGAAACCAGAUUUAGCUAUUGAGUUUCUUAAAAUGGUAGCAAGUCAGGGAGUUAGUUGCCUAGCUUAUAACAAGGUGAUUAGAGAGUUCUGUAAACAGAUGAAACUGGAAGAAGCUGAAAAAGUUUUUGAGGAUAUGACAAAACAAGAUGUGUUACCAGAUACAUUUAGCUACAACUGUCUCAUUAAGGUUCUCUGUGAAACCGGGAAGCUUUUAAGAGCUGCACGUCUUGUAGAGGAGAUGGAAUCAAAGGGUAUUGUUCAUGAUCGUUUCACUGCCACUUUUCUUGUCCAGGGUAACUGCAAGCUUGGCUUAUACCAUGACGCCUUACAGUAUUUCAAUAAAUUUAAGGACUCUGGGAUUUUCCUUGACGGAGUUGCCUAUAAUAUUGCAAUAGAUGCUUGGUGCAAGCUAGGGGAAAUGGAAUGUGCUAUGGAUUUAUUUCAAGAAAUGUUGGACCGGGGUUUAUUUCCAGAUAAAAUCCAUUUCACUACUCUGAUUUGUGGGUAUUGCUGCAAUGGAGAAUUGAAUUCUGCUCAGAGGUUGCUCAUGCAGAUGCUGAAUGCUAAUGUGGAACCUGAUCUUAUGACUUACAAUGUGCUUGCUAAAGGCUUAUGUGAAAAUGGCUCUGUUAAUCAGGAAGCUGCUGACCUUUUGGAUUUAAUGUGGGAAAGAGGAGUACAGCCUGAUGCUACUACGUAUGGCAUAUUCAUCAUAGGUCUUUGCAGAGGAGGGAAUUUAGAGGAGGCAGAAAUUUUGUUCAAGGAUUUAGAAGGAAGGGGUACUGCUCAAGAUACACCUCUCUUCAGUGCAAUGGUUUCUGGUUACCUCGAACAAGGUUACAUAGAAAGGGCUUAUGAGCUUUUUAUCAGGUUGCUAGGGCAAGGGAAUCUGGUGGAUGAGAUCACUUGUUCUAAACUUAUAAGAGAGCUUUGUACAGAGAGGAAUGUUGAAAGAGCUUCUACAGCACUAGAACAUAUGCUCAAGACAAAGAUAACUCCAAACAUUAUAUCAUACACUAAUCUUAUUGAAGCUUAUUGUCACAUUGGAGGCAUGGAGAAUGCACGAAUUUUGUUUGAUAAAUGGAUUUCACAUGGUCUCUCCCCUGAUGUCAUUUUGUAUACCACUCUCAUGAAUGGUUAUUGCAAGGUUCAUCUACUGCAGGAAGCUUGCAAUCUGUUUUCUGAGAUGAAGGUAAAAGGAAUUAAACCUGAUGUUAAAGCUUUAACUGUUAUUUUGAAUGGAUAUCUAAAAGAAUAUUUAACUGAAUGUUGCCUGAGCCAAAACCAAGAAAUGGGAAACUUAGAAAUCAAAGCCAAGUUUUCCUCUUUGGCAUAUGGUAUAUUCAAAUAUAUGAAGGCAAUGGAGAUAAAUGCAGAUAAAGUUCUGUAUACAGUUGUAAUCGGUGGUCAUUGCAAGAUGCAUGAUCUUCAAGAAGCUUGUAAGUAUUUUGAUGAGAUGAAGGAAAGGGGUCUUGCACCUGAUGCCUUUACAUACACGGCUCUAGUAUGUGGAUACUCUAAGCAGGGGAAGGUGGAGAAUGCCGCGAACUUGUUGGAGGAAAUGCUAGAAAAAGGAAUUAUACCUGAUGAACCUAUUGCGUUCUCAAGCUUUGUUCGGGCAAACAUGAAGUGCAAGCAUUUAGAGUUGAACCUGAUAAAAACACUAAUUUAGCCCCCUUGAUUGUCAUCAUUCUAUUGUUUCUCUCCCUUCAACUUCAAUGAUUAUGGUGCUGUUUGAAAAUUUCUAAUGUCUGAUUUAUUUUGACACCAAACUGUUCUAUUGUUCGUCUUCCCCUAGCAAUAGGCCAUGACAGUUGCUAUAAAGUGGAAGUAACAGGACUUGUGAGAUCUACCUUCCUGCUAUACUGUUUCUCAAGGAGCCAUGAGAGAACCUGCACAUUUACUGUACAUAGAAAGAACUUCAACAAGAAGGGGAGAAGGGGAGCUUCUAAAGUAGGAUCACUUUAGAAGUAUAAAUUCCGUGCAUACUGCCAAGCUAACCUGUUCUAGUUGGUGCCUUCUCAAGGUAUUGAGUUCAAUGUUAAGAAGAUGCAGGGAAUUAAGAAUGCUCUUGCAUCAUAACAUCGUACGUGAAAAAGGGGUUGACCCUUAAUAUAGACAAGUGAUGCUUAAGCUUUUAAUUUAGUGUGUCAUUCACUAAUAUAUAAGGAUUACUUUGGCCCCACAAUAUCUGAAAUUAGGGGCUGAGUGGCUUUAAUUGGUUGAGCAGACUUACUGGAGCGGGCGACUCACUUUAGCUACGUGUGGAAAACCUCUGUGAGGUCCUGCAGAGACACAAGGCAGAUUGAACUGGCAAAAUGUGGUUAUUUGUUAAGAAGCAAGAAAUUCUGCCUGAAUGUUCAGUUCGACGCCUUGUUUUUCACUGGCAAAAGCUACAGCGGGCAAUAAUGAGGAGGGUUUGACUUGGUAGGUUUUUUCUUCUCUUCUACUCAAGGUAGAUUUCUUAUGAGUAUUUGCACUAGGAUUCUUCCCCACCUCUUUUUAACUUUGCCAUUGGGUGGUCAAAUUUUAAACCUGUUUUAGUACUGGAGCUGUGCAUAAUGUAUUUAUACUCAUUUCUACAUCUUCUUUUGUUUUUACUUCAUAUACCAUGUACUGCAGAUGCUAGGAAUUGGGCCCAGCAGCCACCUAUAAUUGAAUUAGCUAAUUUUGAUGAAAGACUUUCUUGUUAUGUAUAUUUUAA